AGGUCGACGCUCACGAGUUGAAAGAGCGCCCUUCUGACGUCAAAAUAGUGCGCCGGCUGUCAUCGAGAAGGAAGGCAAAAUGGCGACAGCUCCAGCAGAGUCCGCAGGCAACACAGACCCCGAACUGGACGAGUUGUUGGACAGUGCUCUGGACGACUUUGAGAAAACAAACUCAGCCCCCCCAGUUCCAGAGGCUACCAGUGCUGCUGCUGCUUCUAGUCCAGAUGGCAGAAAACAGGAGAAACCUCCUCCCCUUCUGGAGGACAGCCAGUUCUUUGAGUCACUGUUUGAGGGGGAGAUGGCUGACCAAGCCAGGGAGGAGUGGGAGCGGGCCAUGGCGGAACUGGCACAAGAGGAGCCUGAGCUGCUACACCAUUUUCAAAAACUAUCAGAGGCUGCAGGGAAAGUAGGGACUGAUCUUGCUUCACAACAAGAGUUCACAUCCUGUUUGAAAGAUACUCUCACUGGGCUGGCUAAAAAUGCUGACAACUUACAGAGUGCGGGAUUGGCUGGUGAAGACUUGGCUAAGACUCUGCAAGGACUAGGACUUGAUGAAAAUGGAGAAGGGGCUGCAGAUGAUGGUAACAUCCUGCCCAUCAUGCAGUCUAUAAUGCAGAAUCUUCUGUCUAAAGAAGUCCUGUAUCCAUCCCUGAAAGAGAUCACAGGGAAGUAUCCUGAAUGGCUGGACUGCAAUCGCCAAUCUCUUCCUCCUGAGCAAUAUCGCCGCUAUGAGCAACAGCACAAGAUCAUGGCAGAGAUCUGCAGCCACUUUGAGAAAGAAGGAGAGAGAGGGCAAGGGGGAGGGGAUAGUGGGAGCACCUUUGAGGACAUCUUGGACCUUAUGCAACAGCUACAGGAACUGGGUCAGCCACCAAAAGAAUUAGCGGGGGAAGCACCUCCUGGCAUGAACUUUGACCUGGAGUCUCUGAAUCUCCCUGGACCCCCUGGAGGAGCAGGAGCGGAGCAGUGUUCUGUCAUGUAAUGUCCAAGCUGCCAAUGGAUUGGAAACACGAACUGGGCAACUGGGACAAGACAGUGCAGGAAUAGGAGAAGGAAUAAAUCAAAAAGGAGACUACUGUGACUUCAUCAAAAAGUCCCACAAUACAAGUUUCUCUGGGGUGUCUAAAGAAUAGAAUAUCUGAUUACCGAUAUGACUCUCGUAUCCCUCCGAUGCAGUCUGUCAUCGGAUAAAUUAGUAGUACUGGUUAUUACCCUAUAUUUGUACUAUUUUCAUAUUUCAGUCAUAUAAAUGAUUUUUAUGCAUAUGCCCAUAACAAAAGAUUUAUUCCCCCAAUAUGGUAGUGAGUUUCAUUUAUAAAUCUCACUAAAUCUUAAACAAGAGUCUGGACUCAUGCUGCCAAGGUAGGUUGCUGAUAAAGCAAUAUAACUGAUAAAGAUAGAACUUCAAGAUUGGCAAUGUGAUCAAAAAGCAGUUUGCUUUGAGGUUGAGCAGGAGUGCAAUUGAAAGUGCUGGUUUUUAUGCUGUCCAAGCACAAUAAUAUUAGUAUGUUGUUUUAUAUCUGUAACUCAUCACUUUUGAUUGAAAUAAGUCCCUUUAGGUGUCAGGUCAGUGCUGUAUUUCAAUGUGAUUUAGAAAGUAAUUUUUUUUUUUUUUUUUUUUUUUUUUUUUUUAAAAGCAUUGAGCUCUCCAGUAGCUCAUUGACCGUGCACUUAGUGAGAUUUCCCAGAGCAUUUUGUGGCAAAACACUGAUGUGAUCGUUCAGGAAACUUGUCUGUGAUAUACUCCUGGGAUGUGCACCCUGGGCAUCACUGUUUUUCAUGAGUUGCUCUUUUUUUUAAUUUCUGUGUUUCAGUUCUGAAUCUUGCACACCUGUUAAGACAGGUUACAGAAUCAGUACAAAUGGUUGUCAGACUUUA